UACAAUUGAUAAUUCAAAACACAACUACUCGUAGAGUAAGAGGCGAUAAACUCACAUAAACUCUUUAACGCUUGUCCAUACCAGAAAUGGACAAUAAUAUCAAAUUAAAAAUUCCCAAUCCAAAACAACAAACAGGAUUAAUAUCAAAACUGUUUUUUCUUUGGAUUAUUCCUUUGUAUCGUAAAAUAAUUAAAAAUGGAUUACAAAUUUGCGACCUGUGUAAAAUUCUGGAAGCGGACGAUUCAGAAAAAGUGUGCGACCAACUUGAAGAUAAUUGGAACAAAGAAUUGAUUAAAAGCAAAUUAAAAAAUCGCCAACCAAAAUUGCUGAAAGCAAUUGGAGCAACUUUCUUUUGGAAAUAUAUGAUUUUUGGUGGGAUUCUUUUCAUACAGCAUGUUUUUCUUAGAUCUUUUCAGCCAAUCGUUCUAUCAUAUUUAAUAUCGCUGUUCGGCCAAACUAACCCCAACCACAUCGCCAUGUACAUUUCCUCAGGAAUUUUAGUCACAAUUUCACUUCUUAUCGUCUUGACAAUGCACCACGUGAACUUUGGACACGCUUCAAUCGGAAUGCGGAUACGAGUCGCAAUUUCCUCUCUUAUUUACCGAAAAACUUUAAAACUGAACCGGCGGUCACUCAACCAGACCUCAAUUGGGCAAAUCGUCAACCUCCUUUCAAAUGACAUCACACGGUUCGACUUAGUGGUCCUCACUUUACACUAUCUCUGGAUUUUACCAUUCCAAGUGUCAAUUAUAACGUUUUUGUGUUGGUCCCAAAUCGGUAUUUCGUCUUUGGUGGGAGUUGUCUCAAUUGCACUUUUGUCACUGCCUGUGCAAGGCUAUUUGGGCAAAAUGACAUCAAAUUAUCGGGUCAAAGUGGCGCAAAAAACUGACCACAGAGUCACUCUAAUGAACGAAAUAGUGUCAGGAAUACAAGUCAUUAAAAUGUACGGAUGGGAAAAGCCCUUUGAGAAUAUUGUCAGAUUGGCAAGAAGCCAGGAAGUGAAAGCUUUGACUAUAACUUCCUAUUUGCGAGGGAUUUAUUUAAGUGCGAUGAUUUUCGUCGAAAGGACAGCCCUGUUUUUGACAUUGGCUUGUUAUGUAAUUUCCGGUAACACAAUACUGGCCGAACACGUGUUCUCAAUUUCGCAAUUUUUCAAUUUAUUGCAAUUAACAAUGUCGAUAUUUUACCCGCUUUCCAUAAGUUACGGCGCUGAGACUCUUGUGUCAAUUGACCGGAUCCAAACUUUCCUCCAAAUGGAGGAAGUCGAGCCCUCAAAAGUCGACAUUGACUUCAACCAUGGUGUAACUGUUAAUGCUGUUAAUUCACAAUUCCUCAAAAACAUCACUUUCAAAAUCCCUCAAGGGUCGCUUUGUGCUGUCGUCGGUCCAGUAGGGUCGGGUAAAACCUCCCUGCUGCACCUUCUCCUCAAUGAAUCGUCCUYCAAAACCGGCAGAAUCAUUCUGCAAGGCUCGAUUUCUUACGCUUCGCAGGAACCUUGGCUUUUCGCAUCGACAAUUCGGAAAAACAUCCUUUUUGGUAACAAAUACGACAGACAUACUUACAACAAAGUCGUCAAAGUUUGUGCUUUGAAAAAAGACUUCGACCAGUUUCUCCUUGCUGACAAGACCCUAGUAGGUGAGAGAGGAUCAGCGUUGAGUGGAGGGCAAAGAGCUAGGGUUAACCUAGCCCGGGCUGUGUAUAAGGACGCCGAUAUUUACCUCCUCGACGACCCUUUAUCCGCAGUUGACAGCCAUGUAGCUAACCACUUGUUUGAGCAGUGUAUUGUCAAGUAUUUGAAGGGCAAAACUAGGAUUUUGGUCACUCACCAAUUGCAGUUUUUAAAACGCGUUGACCAUAUUUUAGUUUUCAAAAACGGGCAAAUUGAAGCACAAGGAACUUACGCGGAGUUAAGUCACUCAAAUUUGAAUUUUCCGACAGGACACAAAGAUGAAGAGGUUGCAAAAGUAGACAGCGAAUUGCAUACAUUGAGCGAUAGUUUCAUGCUUGAAUCCACGAAUUACAAAAAUGAAAUUGAGGAAAUAGAAAGUACAGGAAUGUCAGAAGGGGCAACCUCUCUAAUUGAGUACAUAAUAGCCUCAGGCACCGCCUUUCAGAUUUUUCUCGUGUCUUCGACUUUGAUUAUUUGUCAAACAUUGUGUAGUGGUACCGACUACUGGGUCACCUUUUGGACACAACAGGAGGCCCUCCGAAAUGAAAAUUUCACAGUUAAUGAGACCUUUACAAUUCCGGUGACGCAAACUGUUGAAAUUUUUCCUCACAGUGACAGUUUAGACGACUCUUAUUCUUACACAUACAAUCUCGAAGAACAAGUAACCAAAGAAGUGACAGUUGACAAAGCCGUUAUCAAAACCAAUACCGCUCUUUAUGUUUAUUUAGUUUUAAUCGUAAUUCUGAUUGCUAUCACGUUCCUACGAUCGAUUUUAUAUUUCACUCUAGCAAUGAAAGCAUCCAAAAACCUCCAUAAUAACAUGUUUACCACCCUCCUAAAGGCACAAAUGAAAUUUUUUAAUAGCAACCCUAGUGGUCGCAUUUUAAACCGAUUUUCGAAAGACAUGGGAGCCAUAGAUGAGAUUUUACCAAAAGUUUUACUCGAAGCAAUUCAAAUUACGUUGACCAUGUGUGGUAUUUUGGUCAUGGUGAUAAUUUCAAAUCAAUACAUGAUUCCAGUUGUAAUUCUUCUAGGAGUAGUUUUUUUGAAAAUACGAUCGUGGUUUGUCAUCACGACAAAAAAUAUCAAACAUUUAGAAGGAACAACCAAAUCACCGGUUUUUUCCCAUAUGAAUUCAAGCUUGUAUGGGAUCACGACGAUAAGGGCUUGCGGGGCUGAGGACAUGCUAAAAAAAGAGUUUGAUCGACAUCAGGACGUACACACUUCGUCUUGGUUUCUCUUAAUUACAACAACUUCGUCAUUUGGAUUAUGGCUAGAUUUAGUAUGCGUGGCUUUUAUAGCUUUUACUUCCUACAGUUUUAUUCUACUGAAUCACUAUUACCAGAUUAGUGGCAGUCUCGUCGGCCUGGCCAUCUCCCAAUCGCUYAUUCUCACCGGAAUGCUCCAAUACGGAGUCCGGCAAAGUGCGGAAGUCGUCAACCAACUCACUUCCGUCGAACGAAUCCUGCAGUAUUCCGAAAUCGAAAAAGAAGGACCUUUCAACACUCCUCCCGAACAUCGACCACCACCGUCAUGGCCCGAUAAGGGCCACAUUGAGCUCCAAGACCUAUCUCUACACUACUCCCCAACCAAACCUCCGGUUUUGAAAAAUAUAACCGUGACAAUCGCCCCGGGCCAGAAAAUCGGGAUUGUGGGACGWACCGGUGCCGGAAAAUCGUCUCUAAUAGCGGCGCUUUUCAGGUUGAGUGACAUUACCGGGAGAAUUUACAUUGAUGGGAUCGAUACGAAAAAGUUGGGGGUGCACGAUUUGAGGAAGAAAAUUUCGAUCAUUCCGCAAGUGCCGGUGCUGUUUUCGUCGACUGUGAGGUACAAUUUGGAUCCUUUUGGAGAGUUUGAGGAUGCGAAAAUUUGGAAAGUUUUAGAAGAAGUGGAAUUGAAGGAUUUAGUGACGAGUCUCGAUGCGGAGGUUGCCAGAGAUGGAGGAAAUUUUAGUGUAGGACAAAGGCAAUUGAUUUGUCUCGCGAGGGCGAUUUUAAAAAAUAAUAAAAUAUUGGUGAUGGAUGAGGCUACGGCCAAUACGGACGAUAAGACUGAUGCUCUGAUUCAAAAAAUGAUCCGGAAAAGAUUCAAAUCGUGUACUGUGAUAACAGUUGCUCACAGACUCCACACUGUGAUGGAUUCGGAUGGGAUUAUUGUGAUGGAUGAUGGUAGAAUAGUAGAAUUUGAUCAUCCCUAUAAUCUUUUACAAAGACCGGAAACGACUUUUUAUAAAAUGGUCUUGGAAACGGGGCUAGAGACAAGUGCUUACUUAGAAGAUAUAGCCCUUGAUGCAUUUCUCAAUAAGCAAUCAAUAUCAAAACCCAAGGAUAAGUAAUGUAUAAGAUAGGCAAAUAAAAAUGUAUCCUUUC